UUGGGGGUCUUUAAUUCUCGUCUGGAACGAAGUAGCCUGUACCUCGUGUUUCUACACGGAGGGAAACAGCCGAAGCAAACGAAAAUACAAUAAUCAUGGCGUUCAACUUUGGCGGUGGUGCUACCAAUACUGCGAGCUCUUCAGGAUUUUCAUUUGGUUCAUUUGCUGCCAAAACAACAGCCUCUACUGGUUUUGGCUUUGGCACCACCACCACCACUGCCUCAUCUGGAUUUGGUAGUCUUGCCGCCCCAGGGUUCGGGGCCACCACCACAACGGCUCCUUCCACUGGCUUUGGUUUCGGUUCCACAACUACAGGAUUUGGGGGGCUGGGAGCCGGCAGCACCACCGCCGGUGGGUUUAGUUUUGGGGGUUUCGGAUUAAAUUCGAACGCGGCAUCGGUCAGCUUUAAUGUGGGGAAUUUUGGUGCAGCCACCACUGCAGCUACAGUUUUCAGUUUUGGCAAUAGCCUGGGUAGCGCAGGUGCAUUUGGAGGCUUUGGGACGGCCACUACUUCUGCCGCACCGGGGUCUACUUUCAGUUUCGCUGCUCCCUCAAACACAGGGGGUCUGUUUGGAAACACCCAGAAUAAGGGCUUUGGCUUCUCGGGGCUGGGGGCCGGUACCACUGCCGGGACUGGUUUCGGCACUGGCCUCGGAACCGGCCUCGGUACCGGUCUCGGAGCCGGCCUUGGAACCGGUCUCGGGUUUGGGGGCUUCAACAUCCAGCCACAGCAACAGCAGGGGGGAUUAUUUGGCCAGCAGGCCCAGGCGUCUGCCCAGUCCAACCAGCUGAUCAACACAGCCAGCGCCCUGUCCGCGCCCACGCUGCUGGGGGACGAGCGCGAUGCCAUCCUGGCCAAGUGGAACCAGCUCCAGGCCUUCUGGGGCACUGGCAAGGGCUAUUUCAACAACAACAUCGCACCUGUCGAGUUCACACAGGAGAACCCCUUCUGCAGGUUCAAGGCAGUGGGCUACAGCUGCGCUCCAGGCAGUAAGGAUGAGGACGGCCUGGUGGUCCUGGCUCUGAAUAAGAAGGAGGUGGACGUGCGCAGUCAGCAGCAGCAGCUGGUGGAGUCGCUACAUAAGUUGCUGGGAGGACACCAGACCCUCACUGUCAACGUGGAGGGGGUCAAAGCACUGCCCGACGACCAGACGGAGGUGGUCAUAUACGUGGUGGAGCGCUCUCCGAACGGCACCUCCAAGAGGAUCCCGGCCACCACGCUCUUCAGCUACGUGGAGCAGGCCAACAUCAAACCGCAGCUGCAGCAGCUGGGCGUGGUCAUGUCCGUUACGCGCACAGAGCUGUCGCCUGCGCAGCUGAAGCAGCUGCUGCAGAACCCGCCAGCCGGUGUGGAUCCAAUUAUAUGGGAACAGGCGAAGGUUGACAACCCUGAUCCUGAAAAGUUGAUUCCAGUUCCGAUGGUUGGUUUCAAAGAACUACUUCGCAGACUCAAGAUCCAGGACCAGAUGACAAAGCAGCACCAAACUCGUGUUGAUAUAAUCUCCAACGACGUAAGUGAGUUACAGAAGAAUCAGGCUACGACAGUGGCGAAGAUCGCACAGUACAAGAGGAAGCUGAUGGACCUUUCUCACAGAGUACUACAGGUCUUGAUUAAGCAGGAGAUUCAGAGGAAGAGUGGCUAUGCCAUCCAGGUGGAUGAGGAACAUCUGCGGGUGCAGCUGGACACCAUUCAGUCUGAACUCAAUGCCCCCACUCAGUUUAAGGGCCGGCUGAACGAGCUCAUGUCUCAGAUCCGGAUGCAGAACCACUUCGGUGCGGUGCGGUCCGAGGAGCGCUACAGCGUGGACGCCGAGCUGCUGCGCGAGAUCAAGCAGCACCUGAAACAGCAGCAGGAGGGCCUGAGCCACCUCAUCAGCGUCAUCAAGGAUGACGUGGAGGACAUAAAGCUGAUCGAACACGGUCUCCACGACAGCGUGCACAUGAGGGGCGGCAUGCUCAGCUGACCUCCCUGUUACCCCUGUCCCGCCGCCGGACUGCCCCGACCCACAAUGCCUCUGCAUCGCUCUCCUGCCCCAGCGCAGCAGCCCUCCGUCGGAAGCACAGCAAGGCCGAACUUGGAAUGCAUGGGUCACCAUGGUGAUUGGAGGAUUCUUCCCAGCACUCCUUUAAAGGCAACUACUGGAGUGCUCUAAAGACAGGGCUGGGUUUUAAAGUGCAAGCAUCAACAUCUGUAAAUAUGCAGUUUUAUGAUUAUUUUUGGUAAUGUUUUGUAUUCUGGGUUUAGUAUAUGAACAAGCCCUGAGUUAUGAAAUAAAGUUUCAUUUAAGAGCUGCCCCAUU